AUGGGAGAAAGUAGACUUUCUCCUCAGUCGCAAUGCUAUUUAAGUUGACCUUUAUAACCAGUAUUUUUCGGUACACAAGUGUGUCACUUGCCAUCAUUAAUUCUGUCUCUUCGUGGCAAAAACGGACCGAAAUUUCUGCGUGUAAACCCAACGAAAGGUUGUUUUGCCUUUUAGGAUCAUCCUGCUGGUAGGAAUUUUCAUUCUCUAUCCAUGUAAACAGCCUCUAUUUUAGAUGAUAAGUUAUUGUUGGAUGUUACAAACUAAAUGUAGUUUGUAUGGGUAACGAGAACGUAGAUGGAAAAUCCCAUAAGCAAGUAAGCCAGGCAUAACUCAAAGCAACUAUAAGUAGUAGGCGAAUGACUCGGGAAAACACGUAUGAUCAUGCACGUCACCAUUGAUUUUGGCGCGAAAGCAUACUAUGCAGCCGUUUCCAAGCGCGGUGUAACUGAGAACGCAGGCAGAAAAUCCAGUGAACCAAUCAGAAAUGGGAACUUGAAGAAAUUACAUGAAGCCGACCCCAAGAGCUGGAAAGCUGCUGUGACCAUGUACGGUUUUUGUCUGAUUUGUUGAGAAAGUGUCGCCAGACAAUUUAGCCAAUCACGAAAAAAUAUGGUUAUUGUAAAUGUAACUACUGUAAAUUUUUGACGCCCUAAAAAUCACUCAGUCUUAAAAUUAAUAUGCCACUAUUGAGGCUACGACUUUGUCUCACAUAUUGUUAUCUUUUUGGGUUAGACUGUUGCCUUGUGGAAGAUGAAAUUGAAAGUAACAGGUAAGCCAUCUUUAUCAAGUCCAAAAAAAAAGCACAUCAGUUUCUUGUAAGCAAACAUUCCUUUUCCUACAUAUUACAUUGACAUUCGUUUGUGGUACUAACCUACAAAGAUCCACCAUUUUGAUUUUUAUACGACGCUUUGUUGUAAACUUUACUGGUCUUAAAAGCUGUUUUCCUUUGAAAAACUAACAUUGGUACCGUUCUUCGCUGUUAAAACUGUUUGGUAGCUUAAGUUCAAUUUGUGAGAUUUUUUCCAGUGUUGACAGUUAAUUUUUUAAUCUCCACUCAUAUAUAAGAAAGGAUCUUUUUUUUUUUCAUGAAGUCAGGUUUGAUUGCUUUUUACUUUACUUGAAAUGGAAUAAGUUUGAGUUGCCAUAAACGAAAACAACUCGGGACCGGUGCAAACGAGAGGACAUAAAGCCUAAACAGCACUGUAUAGUUUGUCUCUUAGCCAUUGAACUGCAAACAGAUACCGACGUAAAUUUUCAAUUUUGGUUCUAGUUUAUUUUUCAAACAUAAAAAUCUUAAAAUAAUAAUAGUGAAGAAGUGAUCAACCUAGAUACCCCAUUAUUAAGUAAGACAUCCAAACCUGUAGUGAACAAAGUGAUGGGAUAACGCCACGGAGAAUUCACACGAUCGUAUUGUUCUUCAUCCUGUUUUUUUUUUUUUUUAGCAAGGACAUCGAUGAACAAGUUCCUGAACAGGAUAUCACCCUUGACGAAGAUGCACGAGAUGAGCUUGAGUCUGCAGAGACAUAUCUACUUUACCAAGGAUCCUCAGACAUGGAAGAAAUGGUUUCCUACACUGAAAAUGCGAGAAUAAACGCUUGGAGGACCGCUGAAGUCAUCAAAAAGGCUGCAAACAGUGGGGUCCCCUCCAGGGUAGGGAGUGCAACUACAAGGGCGAAUGCAAACCCUCUAUCCUCCCCACCCCCACAGAGACCCUCGUCACCAACACAGCCGAGCGAGAUUCCGUUCAAGCAGGCGGAUCGAUGGUUAGCAGGCGGGCGGGACAUCAACAGUGCCUCUGUAAAGCAUGUGUCAGUACCCCUGCCUGGAUGGAUGCAAGGACUGAAUGUUGUUGGGCGACCCAAGUCGUCACCUAUCGUAAGAGGCCCUAGGUACGGUCCUAAUGUUACAUCCUUUUGUUACUGUCUGUCUUAUUUAAGGUGAUGCUCUUCGGUGAAGCGAUAGGUCUCUUGGAGGUCCUCUAUACACUGUUAGUAAAGAACUUCAGUUGGGGCGGGGGGGAGUCGUAUUUUGUAAUUGUAAUUGUACUUUUUUUCACCCCCGGAGCACUUAGGAGUGGAUAAGAACUCGUUGAAACGUGUCUGUGCGUUCCAGAUCGAAUUGAAAUUUUUUUAAGGAGAGGGGAAAACCGGAGUACCCGGAGAAAAACUUCUCGGAGCAAGGGAGAGAACCAACAACAAACGCAACCCACAUAUGGGGUCGACGCCAGGAUUCGAACCCGAGCCACAUUGGUGGGAGGCGAGUGCUCUCACCACUGCGCUACCCUUUUCUUUCUUCUUUUUCUCAUUUUCUUUCUUUUUCUUCAGGCAAACUUCAAGUCCUGUAUCGUCCAGAACGCUUUUGACGAGGCCCAACACAGGUAACAUAAAUGAACCGACAGCUGUGAAGUUAUUCCACUGAUUAUUUAUCUUACCAGCCCGUAUAUUUUAUCCUGUAGGUCGGCUAGUAAGAGGUUCUGCUUGGGUUCAAGUUAGACGCUCGUCUCCGGUGUAUGGACAAAUACAACCAACGCGAGUAAGUUUACUAGAAUCA